AUGCUAUUCAUCUCCGAUGCAAAAUCAAAGGUUACUCCCGCGAAGCCCUUAACUAAACCUCAAACAGAGUUAAGUGGAGCGGUAUUGGCCAUCAAAUUGGUGAGGUGGCUAACUAUGGCUAAGUGUCUGAGCCCCUUUUCGGUCCAGACUUUCUAUUGGACGGAUGCUACAACUGUGUUGCACUGGUUGCAUGGAGACGUCAAUAGAUGGAAGACCUUUGUCGCGAAUAGAGUCGCCUUCGUAUUGGAUCAUUCCUCGCCAGUUCAGUGGAGACACGUUGGCACUACCGAGAAUCCAGCGGACUGCGCUACACGCGGUCUCACUCUCAUCGAGCUAAAGGGCCAGAGUGGCUCAUACGCAAUCAAGGCCAUCGACAGAUUUCGGCCAAGGACGCCUUGGGCCCUUAAGUAUUGA